GCCGGAUGUGCUCAAUGUUUCCGUCAAGUUUAUGAUUAAGUUUUGGCUUACCACAAGAGAGGGGCGAUCUGAUGAUGGAUACUUUUAACCUUAUAGCUGUUGUGUUACUGAUUGUGUUUACAACACAAAAUCAAACAAUUUCUUCUACGUGUGGAAUAACAAGGUUCAGUGAGACUUUGAUUGAAAGAGAAGGCAACUUUACAAAUAUUUCCUAUCUUCUCAAUAGCACCGAGUCAUCGUAUUUUUCGGACAAAAUAAUAUUUGCUUUUGAUGUGUGCAAAAGUAACAUACUUACACGUCAGUGCGUAUUUGAAUGGAAUGAGCAAAGUAAGGAAAUGACUUCCGACUACUGGGGUUCGGAGGACGAUGCAGUCUGCUCGGUGAAGAGUCGUGAACUCAGCAGCUCCACCCUGACCUGGGAGAUUCAAAUUUCGCAGCUGGUCACCCGGUCAUCAACUGUCAUUAAACUUUACCUGGAGAACAACACUCUCAAAGAAAGCACCUUCCAUAUAAUACGCAUGAUACGCCUUGAUAUUUUUGACCCACCUAAAGUCACAAGUCUGACUGUAGAUGGACAACAGGUGAACGACACUCAUCUCAUCAACGAGGGUCAGAAGGUCACCAUCUCAUGCAACUUUAACAAAGGAAACCCGCCUGUCGUCUUUCAUUUGUUCAACAGCAAUGGAAAUAAUCUUACUAAAAGUGAAGGUCCUCUAAACAUGUUACUGACAGCUCAGUGUGAAGAUGACUGGCCGACAGUUCAUUGUCAAGGAAACGGGUCAGAACUCAAUAGAUCGCUGUCGUUUCUGGUCAGAUGUCCUCCGCAGUUUGUUGGCGAGUCUGUAAAGUUUGUUCGUCCUCAACUUGUUGAUGCUGCAACAUUUCGUGUCAAGGCUCACACGACAUCAGUCAAAGAAUGUAUCUUGACAUCCCUGUCUCUGGACUUCGUAAAGAAAGUAAACUGUAGCCUCAGUGGUGAUCCACCCGAUCUGAUCUUAGGUCUUCUCUUUGACAAGGAAGACAUCCAUCUACAAGGAAACUGGACCUUAACUCUUCACAACGAAGGAGGCUUUUCGAAUACAGCACUAAGCUUCAUUGAAGCAUCAGAAGGUCUCAGAUCGGUGUUUAAAGUUUCUCUGCCCACCGUUGUUGUCGUUACUGUCGCUGGUGUUAUCGUUGUCGCUGCUGUUAUCAUCGCCGUUAAAAUGGUAAAAAAAUGCAAACGUGGUAAGUGACCUAUACAUACAUAUGAUAAAAAUGUUUAGCAUCUUAUGUUAUAUAUUAUAUAGGAGGGUGGAGUCUUAGUGACCUCACUUUCCUCGGGGCCAGCUAUGCACGACGGUGGUGCCAUUCUCGUCUCCCUCGAUGCUUUACCUUCCCCAACCCUUUAUAGAGUCAGGUUCCCAUUUCAGCCCGCUGGAUCGACUGGGGGAAGUUUGCUGCGCUAAUCGGGCAUUGAAGCAGAGCGCUUUCAGUUCGGAUGCCACCGCUCGAACCACUCGACCAUCCACUUCCCUUUUGGCGGAGACGUUUGACUGAUAACGGAGAUAUUUCAAUAUCGCGAGUUCAUUCAAGUUCCUUGAAGAAAAGUUGAUCGCGGAACGUGGACAGAGGAAGACGAAGAAAACAAGCACAACAAAGGUAAGCUUGGCCAGAGGUCUUGUCCCGCGGGCAAUUUAGGCAUCGCUAACCUCUGACCUCUCGUGAACUGGCCGGCCGUCAGGUAAGUGGCGUGCGGGUCAUGUCACCCCUUUAACUGCAGCACAGCUAGAGGACCGUCUACAUCUGCAUACGCAUCCUUGACACUCACAUCGUGGGGGAAUGCCUUGAGAAAUCCUCGCGUGCGCAUGCGCAAACCAGAAACAGUGAUAGCAAGCGCGGGUUUUCAACAAUCAGAGGACAUUUAAUUGUUUAUCAUCUUUUCUCCUGCCGAGAUAAGCUGCAUUUUGUUUGGUAAGUAAAGUAUUUACUAUGUUUACAUGAUUUUUGUUGUUUGGCAAAUAGCAUCUGACAAGGCAGAAACAUCAGUGUCGAUGAGAGUGACUAGCAAGCGUCUCAAACUGGCUGAAAACAACCAGAGUUUGAGAGAAAAGCUCAUAAAUAUAGAAGUGCGUAGUCAUUAGGUAAAAUGACAAUAUUGGUAC